ACAGACGCGACCCGAAGUACAUGAUACAGACAACAUGAAUAGAUGAAUACGAGAUACCUACACGGCUAGACCGAGAUACGAACAACACGGUUCUUGCGACAAAGAUGGCGGAGAAGCGACGAGCCUCAGGCAGGACGCGAGAUGCGAAACGACGAAGGACAUCAACCAAGGCAGCUACGCCAAAGGACGCGACACCACAGGAGGCUACACCAGCAGUAGAAGAAGUCGUGCGAGAAGCGACACCUUUACCAAACAAAGUCGUCGAAUCCAAGCCUCUUCCCACCCUCUCGGAGCGCCAACCUCUCGACCUAUCCAACGACGAAUACAAGACCAUCGCAGAGAGUGGAGUCCUGCUAGCAUCGCUGGAACGAUCGCGUCAGAAGUGGAUCUCAGGCAGCUUCUUCGACAAGUACUGGACCAAGACGUCGGGAAGAAAAGAUGCGCCUCCAGCGCCAGCAGGCAACCCACACAAGUCAUGGAUGAAGGAGAUUGGACCGUGUACUCUGGUAGUCGAACCGCUGAUAUUCGAGGCGACGGCAUACUACGUCAAGGAGCCAGGUCCCGCCCCAGCGCCGUCUCAUGCAGCUCCAGUACAGCAGCACUUUCCACACCAACAGUACCAGCACCAGUAUCAACAUGCUCCUCCUCAACAGUACAAUCAACAACAACGACCCAACCCGAGUGCCCCGGCAGGUAGUCCCUAUGGUGCUCCGUAUUCGCACUCCCCUGCACAGUACCAGGGAGGUCGUCCCCACCCGCCUCCUAUCAUGCCCGCUACAGCGCGAGCUGCCCCUCCCCCUCCGCCCGCUGCGCCAGCGCCUGCCAAACAAUCGCCAGACCCUGUCAUUCAGAUGCUUGCCUCUCGUGCGAGUAGCGACGCCGAGCUCAAGGCCCUGAUGAAGAUAGUUGCUACCGGCAAUGCCAACCAGGAACAGCUGCGCAUCUUCCAGAGGCACAUAGACGAGCUGACGGCCAUGAUCAACGCCAACAAAGCCCAGCCAGCAAGCCAGACACAUUCUCCCGCCCCUUCACACCACAAUCCUACUUCGAGACCACCAUCAGCCGCUCCUGUCAUCAAACCGCAUCCUGCGACAGUACAACCACAUCCUCCUAUAUACCCUACGCCUCAGCAGCAAUACCAGCAUCAACCGCCUCCACCACCGAGAUAUCCCAGCUACCCAAUCGUCCUCGAAUUCCAAGGUCAAGGCGCCUCGCCCGACCGCUUCCGCUUUCCUGACAAUACCAUUCUCGAAUUCCUCAACUCGUACAAGAUGCUCGCUUCUUUCCUCGUCAUCCGCAAGGGUCGCGACAUAAGUCCUCAGCUCGAUCGUGAAACCGAGUAUUACGAGCCCGUUACCAUGACCAUUAGCGUUCCCGAAGGUCGCUCGGCUGCAAGAGACGUUCUACAAUUCAUCACUCGUUGCGUCAAGCCUGCCGAUCAGGUUCGCACUUAUAUGACAGACAUGAUCGAGAAGUGCACACGUGCGCCCACAAGGCAUCUCGCUUUCAGGCUACCGUACAAGAGUGGCAUUGUCGAGACAGAAGAGGAGGCGCCGGUUGUGCAAGAGGUCAAGCCGAAGCCCAAGCCGGUACCUAGGAAGAAGAAGGAAGAUAAGGACAUCGAGCAGGGAGCGGAAAAGACAUCGGCGAAUGCUGUGCAAGACACACCGAACGCAACAGAAGCUCGACCUGCGCAACAAGUGCCGGCACCAAACGCGACACAGGUAGCGCCUGCAAGUGGUCUUAUCGAAGCUUCGUCCAAUCCUGAACAAGGUGCUUCUACGGUGGAAGCACCAGCUCCUACACCGCAGCUCACAAGCGCCGAGUCUGCUCCAGCUGUAGAUGCGCCAGUCGCAGACGGCACAACUGCAAAGCGCAAGAAGUCUGUUCGCAUCUCUGAAGUGCCUCAGAUAGCCAGCGAUGGCACAAUUGCUCCCUAUCCAGCAGUAGCUCCAGAUGGUCCAGCAACAACAACUUAGAUACCCCUACCUAGUCCAUUCAGAUAGCAAUCGCUCACACUCACGAGACCAAAAGACAAAUAACCAUUCUUUCAGAAACGCAAA